GAUGCUCACAAUUGUAUCCCUGAUUAUGAUGACAAAACUUCCUUCUUUGCUGUUUAUGAUGGUCAUGGAGGAGCUGAAGUUGCAAAAUACUGUUCUCUUCAUUUACCAGAAUUUCUUCAUUCCUUACCCCAAUAUAAAAAUAAUAUAGCACAAAGUUUAGAAGAUGCUUUUAUAGAAUUUGAUUCAUUAUUAACAAAACCUGAAGUAAUUUCAGAGUUAAAACAACUUUCAGGAUCAAGUGAUGCUUCUGAUUCAGAAGAAGAUGAUACUACAGUACUUAAUGAAGAAGCAGAAAUGCCAUUGGAAGAAUUAUUAGCUCGUUAUAAAUCAGGAGGCGUUCCAUUAAAAAGUUCUCCUCAUUUGGAGCAUUUACAUAAUGACAAGUGGCGCAGCUUGGCCUAUGUGGCCUUUCCACCAAAAGACACAGACCAACCAACCAACCUACAUAAUGACAAGCCUAAGUCACCAGUGCUUAGAGCAAAACAAGAAAACUCACUAAAAAAAUCAGAACAUAAUUUAAAAGAAGAAAACUCUAAUGAAAUUUUAAUCAAUGGUGAAAGUAAUUGUAUAAAGAAAACACAAGAAAUAAUAAAUAACAAUGAAGAAAAUAGUGAAAAAAAUACUGAAAGUAGUGGUGAUGACGAUGAUGAUGCAAGUUCCAAAUCUCACAAUAGAACAAAAGAUAAAAAUGAUUCUAUUACAGAACAUACAAGGAAAGAAGAGGAAAAGUUGGAAAACAUAAUAGAUAAUUCUGUAAGCAAUGAUGAUGUAGAUAAAGAAAAAGAUGUUGAUAUUGAUAAAUCUAAUAAACUUGAAUCUAGUUUUGAAAAAGGAUCCACAUCAAAUAAUUCCUCAAAUAACAGAAAGAAGGGUCCAGUUGUUGAUUUAGACGAAUCAGAUACUUCUGAUGAUGAUUAUGGAGAAUCAGAUAGUUUUAUAGAAGAAGAUGAUACUACAGUACUUAAUGAAGAAGCAGAAAUGCCAUUGGAAGAAUUAUUAGCUCGUUAUAAAUCAGGAGGCGUUCCAUUAAAAAGUUCUCCUCAUUUGGAGCAUUUACAUAAUGACAAGUGGCGCAGCUUGGCCUAUGUGGCCUUUCCACCAAAAGACACAGACCAACCAACCAACCUACAUAAUGACAAGCCUAAGUCACCAGUGCUUAGAGCAAAACAAGAAAACUCACUAAAAAAAUCAGAACAUAAUUUAAAAGAAGAAAACUCUAAUGAAAUUUUAAUCAAUGGUGAAAGUAAUUGUAUAAAGAAAACACAAGAAAUAAUAAAUAACAAUGAAGAAAAUAGUGAAAAAAAUACUGAAAGUAGUGGUGAUGACGAUGAUGAUGCAAGUUCCAAAUCUCACAAUAGAACAAAAGAUAAAAAUGAUUCUAUUACAGAACAUACAAGGAAAGAAGAGGAAAAGUUGGAAAACAUAAUAGAUAAUUCUGUAAGCAAUGAUGAUGUAGAUAAAGAAAAAGAUGUUGAUAUUGAUAAAUCUAAUAAACUUGAAUCUAGUUUUGAAAAAGGAUCCACAUCAAAUAAUUCCUCAAAUAACAGAAAGAAGGGUCCAGUUGUUGAUUUAGACGAAUCAGAUACUUCUGAUGAUGAUUAUGGAGAAUCAGAUAGUAGUGAAAUAGAUGAAGAAGAGUGGAAAGAAGAGGAUGAAGAAGAGGAGGAGGAGGAAGGGGGAGAAGAGGAAGAAGACGACGAUGAUGAUGAAGAGGAUGAUGAAAUUGAAGAAGGAGAUUUAUUUCCUAUCGGUGAAAAGGAAGAGCCUGGAAGUGAUAGUGGCUGUACAGCAGUUGUUGCUGUCAUCCAUGGAUCACAACUUUAUGUAGCUAAUGCAGGAGAUUCCAGAUGUGUUGUAAGUCGUCUUGGAGAAGCUAUAGAGAUGUCUUCAGAUCAUAAACCUGAAGAUGAACUAGAAAGAAAGAGAAUAGAAAAUGCUGGUGGUCAUGUCACUAUAGAUGGCCGAGUAAAUGGAGGAUUAAAUCUUUCUCGGGCUAUUGGUGAUCAUUCUUAUAAACAAAAUAAGAAUUUAUCUCCAAAAGAACAAAUGAUUACAGCACUUCCUGAUGUAAGAACAUUAACAUUAGAUGUUAACAGUGAUGAUUUUAUGGUUUUAGCAUGUGAUGGAAUAUGGAACUUCAUGUCAAGUCAAGAAGUAAUAGAUUUUAUUAAGGAUAGAUUGGACUCAGAUAUAAAAUUAUCUACUAUUUCUGAACAGUUAUUCGAUUAUUGUCUGGCACCAGAUACCUUGGGAGACGGAACAGGUUGUGAUAAUAUGACGUGUAUCAUCGUGAAAUUCCAUAAACUCGAUUCUACCAACGACAAUAUGUCUUCAUUAAAAAGAUCUCAUUCACCAGUUAACGAAAGUCCUAAAGAAGGAAAGAAAAUGAAAGUCGAAGAAGAAACAUCAAUUUAAAAAAGACAUUAGCCAUCGUAAUUAAAACAUUUGUUACUUUAAUUCUGCACAAAAUAUCCUAUUUGCAGUUUCAAGACUGCACGGUAAGAUAUCAUCACGUAAAUUUCCUAGAAAACAUCCGACCGAUGUAUAUGUACCUGACAUAUUUUAGAUUCAUCACUUCGAUGUGCGAAUUCGUACGAAUUCAUGCUUAAUAAUGUGUUUGAGGUGUUUAUAAUUAUAUAAAAGUCAUUGUUUGUAUCGUAUUAUUCUGAAAUGCAUUUUUUCUAGUUAUAAUUUGUACAUUACAGUAUCACCUCAUACACGCUAUUAAGCUUGGAACUUCUAUACAAAUCGAUCGCUUCUUUAUGGAAGCCGAAAUUCAAUUUUUGCCAAAUAUAUGACGAUUUAUCUUUGAACACGAAAUCUCGAAAAAAAGUAUUAAAAAGAAAACUUAUUUCAAUAGAUAUUUUUAAAUAAAUUGGCUUUGUGAAAUAAUUUAUUUUUCAUAUGUUGUUAAAAGAAAACGAGUUCCAUACAUAUAGAUAUAUAUUAUAGAAAAUCAGAAAACUUGCCGAGAAUGAAUUUUUUUGUAAGAACAGUACAUCGUAAAAUCCAUAAAAACCAUUAAGCUGAUGACACUUUGGUUUUAAAUAGAAGUUUAAGGUCGAAAAUUCCAAAUUUUUAAUCAUCGUCUACUGUCAGUUUUGAACGGAAGUUUUCUUUAUUUAUAUUCACUUUACAUCUGUAUUCAGCAUAAUUUUCCAUUACAUUUAGAUAUUACUAAAUAAAAAAAUACGAAAAUGAAUUUAGUGUAUAUAAAUAUAUAUAUAAAUGUUUUAUUUAAUUAAAAAAAACACUUUUAUACACGAUGUGUCUUUAUAACAUUUUCUUAAUAAGCAUUAUUUAAAAAUAAUGCUUAUUAAGAAAAUCAAGUUUAACAAAACAUGAUUUACGGGGUAAAAUAAAUUAAAUGCACAUAAUUUUUUUUUAUAAAAUUGUGUAAGCCGUUGUAGCUAACAAAAUCCUCCCGAUUAAGACCAAUAUCGCGUGCGCGUUAAAUUAGUGUCAUAAAAUUUUUUACAAGAGGUCAUUCAUUUACAACAUACACGCGCGAAAUAGCAGAACUUUGCGCUAGGAAAACAUCAAUUUUCAAAUAUGGCAAGCGCGAUCUCUACCAAAGUAAAUAAAUUAUCGUAUCAUUUGUCUUGUUUUUUAUGCUGAUUAUUAUUAAUUUACUGGAGUGAACUAUAUUAUCUUCUAAUUAAAAUCUUAAGAGAGAAUGAAUUUUGUAAUAUUUAUGACUCUUCGAUACAAUAUAAAAUAUAUUGUUUAAAUAAAAAUUCAUUGCACCGAAUAUACGAUUAUCUUUUCGAAAGAAUCCAAAUAUAGAAUAACGUCUAAUAUAAAUACCAUUAUACUAGUUAUGUCGUUAUCUUAUUACAAUGUUUAAAUCGUAUGUAUAAAUUUGUUUACUCUCUGUAUCUUGUACAUCCCAAAUGUUGUUCCUUCAUCUUUUCUAACUCAAAACAUAUUUAUUCCGACAAUAAUAAAAAUCAAUAUUCUGUUUUCUCUAUUAA